GAAUUAAUCCGGCAGAGCACCAUAACCUGUGCUGAGAUGGGUCUGCUUCUGCUAAGAGUCAGAGACGAGAGUCAAAUGACCAUCAAAACCUACCAGAAGAUGAUUGAAAGCUGCAUUCUUUAUGGCAGCAGAAAGGCGCUACAAUCUGAAAUUGAAACAGUGGAUUUAAAUAAAAGGGUUGAAGAUCUAGAAAGGGAGAAACAGGAUCUGCUGAAAAAAAUGGAUGAACAGCAAGAGGAAAAUUAUAUAAGGAUAAAGAGUGAAGCUCACAGGAUGGAAGUGCUGGAAAGCAACUACAAAGAAGAAAUCAAGGUUUUGAGGAGAACCAUACAACAGUUAAAGAUGCUACUGGAAGGAAGCAAUACUCCAGAGAAUUGAAGCGUAACAAGGAGGAAGGCAGACUCACAGAGUUUGUCAAAUGAACAAGUCUCAAAAAAUUCUGCAUUUUAUUUUUAGAGCAUCACAAAUAUAUUUCAAGCAGUUAACAUGGCCACAUUGAUGUUUAGGAUUUAGUUUUUGCCAGUUUCUUUUCAAUAGAAUGUAGCCAAUUUGGUUGAUUUAUAAACCUAUUAUAUGUUUGUUAUCUGUCAGUCUAGUGCUUUGAUCUUUAAGCUCCACGGCUUUCUGUAGUUUGAGGUGGAGCCUUUCUGUUCUUGUUCUUGUUUUUCCACAUUUUGUGUAUCACCAAAUGUACAAGAGUCAGAGAGCUGGACUGUUUAUACUGUUUAAUCACUAAACUAAUAAAAAGGUGCAAAAGUUUGUGGUUAUGAUUUAAAAUCUGAAACCGUUUAUGUGGCACAAAUCAUUUAGAAAAUAACCCCCUCCUCAUUUGCAUAAUGAGACAGAAAUGCAUACAGAAAUGUAAAUACAACAGGCAGAAAUGUAAAAAGGGCA